AUGGCAUGCAAUAAAUAAAUAUUAAGAAAUCACAGGUGGCAUUUAACAAUUCUUGGUGGCUUCAUCCUUGAAGAAUUCUCCAUAUAAUACUUGAUGCCGGUCCAUAUCUGCUGCUACUUGUGAGAGGUAUAUACAUUAGAGUCUGCAACUUUUGGUGUAGUUCAGAACCUGCCAACAUGGGGUUUUUUGGAAAGAAAGGGCCAUCUGGCUUUUCUUCCAGUUCCACAGCUGAGGAAGUUACUGAAGGAAUUGAUGGAAGUGGCCUCACUGCUAUUGUUACAGGAGCAUCAAGUGGUAUUGGCACAGAGACAGCGCGAGUUCUUGCUUUGCGUGGUGUCCAUGUAGUUAUGGCAGUAAGGAAUGUGGAUUCUGGUAACAAGGUCAGGGAAGAAAUACACAAGGAAAUCCCCAGUGCCAAGGUUGAGGUUAUGGAGCUGGAUCUCUGCUCAAUGUCCUCAGUCCGGGAAUUUGCAUCCAAAUAUAAUUCCUCUGGUUUUCCACUGAAUAUCCUCAUUAACAAUGCAGGGAUUAUGGCAUCUCCUUACUUGCUUUCCAAAGACAACAUAGAACUGCAGUUUGCAACCAACUAUCUAAGCCAUUUUCUUCUUACAAAUCUUUUGUUGGACAACAUGAAAAACACAGCACGUGAAAGCAAUCGAGAAGGAAGGAUUGUUAACCUAUCUUCAUCAGCUCAUCGUCAUCCAUUUCCUGGAGGAAUUCGUUUUGAUACUAUCAAUGAUGAAGCAGGAUACGGCAGUAUAAAGGCUUAUGGGCAAUCAAAGCUUGCUACUCUACUGCAUGCUAAUGAACUUGCAAGGCGUUUCAAGGAAGAGGGGGUAAACAUAACUGCUAAUUCACUUCAUCCUGGAGGAAUUCAUACCAAUCUUUUCCGCUACCACACUGUUCUUAGUGGCUUCGCCAGUACUAUCGGCAGAUUCAUGUUCAAAACUGUUCCCCAGGGAGCUGCAACUACAUGCUAUGUGGCAUUGCAUCCACAGGUUAAUGGGGUCAGUGGGAAGUAUUUCGAAGACUGUAACAUAUCCAAAUCAACCGCUUAUGGCCAAGAUGCAGAAUUGGCAAAAAAACUAUGGGAAUUCAGCUUGCCCUUGACCAACCCCUAGUUAAGUUUGAUUGCCUCCUGCUUUCAAACUAGCGCGAUACCUGUUUACUGCAUGAUUAUGUAGAGCUGAAUCUUGUUCUGUAUAAGUAGUUAUGAAAUUUGUACUGUACACAUAAAAUAGAUAUGUUGCCUAAAAUUUCCAUAUAUAGUCAUGUUUUUGUUUAAACGGGCCUUCAUUUGUGAUCAGCCUCUGGCAUUCUGGUGUGGAGUCUCUCUUCUUCCUAUAUUUUUUUUUUCAAUGGAAAUAAACAGUGUUUUGUAAUAAUUUUAGGCUUUGUACCGGAAGGGAAUAAAAAUAAUAAUAAUUAUAUAUUUGGACA